GCUAAGGGGCCACAGUUAAUUUAGCUGGUCUUCAUGUCCUUUCAUUCAUUACGGGAUCAUUUAUUUUAAAUUAGAUGUUAUCUGCAGUAUACUUUUUAAUGCAAAGUGUAUAUAAAAUGUCAUUUGAGUGAGCAGAUAUGCAGAAGGCAAUAAAGAUGCAGGUGAAACCUGAUCAGGUGACAAGUGAUUUUACCACAGGUGAUGUAGUAUUUGCUAAGAUGAAAGGCUAUCCUUUCUGGCCUGCCAGGAUUGGUGAAGGAAAAGCCCCCAGAAAUAAGAUUCCCAUCUUUUUUUAUGGGACACAUACAACCACAUUUCUUUUCCCCAAAGACAUCGUCCCCUACUGGCCCAACAAAGACAAAUAUGGCCAAACUACCAAGCGUGGUGGGUUCGAGGAGGGUAUGUGGGAGAUUGAGAAUGAUCCGGGUGUGUGCCUUAGAGGUCAAAAGAAAGCGGCUUUAGUGAAGCGACUGCUGGAGUCUCGCCCGAACCAAAAAGCCAAGAAGAAGAAAGCAGAGAGUCCGAGUGAUAAGAAGGUCCAGGCUGUGUCUCGUAAAGAUUCGGCGUCCGAGAGUGAAUCUAAACCAGUGACACAGAAGAAGAGAGAAACUGCUGUGAAAAACAAGAACACAGAGCCCUCGGAAACAUCAUCAGAGCAGAAAACAACACGCUUGAGGGUUUUGGCAAAGACUGAUGCACCUGCGAGGGGCGUGACCUCACUGAAAACCAUCUCAUCAGAGCGAAGGAGGUUACCGUCCAGAAACAUCAUCAUAGCACGACGGGCCGCUGUUAGAUCAGCGCUAUCUGCCCAUAGGAAACACACGCUGAAGAGAAAUAUUGUUGCGUCGGUGAAGACACGCACGAAUGCUAAUAGCCAGAAAAAGUCUUUAAGGGUGACACGCUCCAAAUCAGAUCUGAAAGAGACCGAACCUGAAGUCACUGACAGAUCUCUGAAUUCAUCCCGUCUGAAACGCAAACGAUCUGAAACCGAAUGUGAUGAGAAGAAUGAGACUCAUGUGUCCCAUACCUCGAGCUCAGCAGGUACAAAAAAGAAACGACACACAGGAGAAGAGACAUCUGGCCGAGAGAAAGCAGAAAAGAUGGAGAUGAAGACGACAGAUACUGAGACGUCUGUCCCAGAGAAAGCUAGAAAAAACAAGAUGAAGACAACAGAUACUGAGGCGUCUGUCCCUAAAGAAGCAGAGAAUGAGAUAAAGACAACAGAUACUGAGACGUCUGUCCCUAAAGAAGCAGAGAAUGAGAUAAAGACAACAGAUUCUGAGACGUCUGUCCCUAAAGAAGCGGAGAAUGAGAUAAAGAUGACAGAUACUGAGAUGUCUGUCCCAGAGGAAGCUAGAAAAAACAAGAUGAAGACGACAAAUACUGAGAUGUCUGUCUCUAAAGAAGCAGAGAAUGAGAUAAAGACAACAGAUACUGAGACGUCUGUCCCUAAAGAAGCAGAGAAUGAAAGAAAGCCGACAGAUACUGAGAUGUCUCUCCCAAACGAAGCAGAGAAUGAGAUAGUAUCUGUCGUCUCUGAGACGUCUGUCCCAAGCGAGGCAGAGAAUGAGAUAAAGAUGACAGAAACUGAGACGUCUCUCCCAGACGAAGUAGAGAACGAGAUAAAGACCACAGAUACUGAGACCUCUGUUCAAAACAAAGCAGAGAAUGAGAUAACGCCUACAGAUACUGUGUCUCUCCCAAAGGAAGCAAAGAAUGAGAUAAAGACGACAGAUAUUGAGAUGUCUGUCCCAAACGAAGCAGAGAAUAAGAUAAAGAUGACAGAUACUGAGACGUCUCUCACAAAUGAAGCAGAGAAUGAGAUAAAGACGACAGAUAUUGAGACAGCUCUCCCAAUAGAAGCAGAGAAUGAGAUAAAGACGACAGAUACUAAGACAUCUGUCCCAAACGAAGCAGAGAAUGAGAUAAAGAAGACAGAUACUGAGAAUUCUGUCUUAAAAGAUGCAGAGAACGAGAUGAAGACAUCAGAGACUGAGAAGAAUGACAAAAACAUGACAAGUGACAUUCUCAACAUCUUUGAGAAGCAGGAGAUAGACCGAGGGAUGAAGAAGAGACCCAGAGAUGAAGAGAAAAGUAAGAUCCUGGCUGAGAAGAGGCAGAGCGUGUUGAGAUCUCUUCAGGGUUUGGUCACAUCCACCAGGGGAAAGACACAAACAUCCACAACACAAACGACACAACACGAGGAUAUGCAGAAAUGUGUCGAGAAGAGCCGUGAAGCGCAAGAUGAAAACCGUGGGCCGCUGACACCAGCAGAGGUUCAGAGAGGAGAUACAGAGCAGAACGAAGAACAAGAAGAGAAGAAAGCUGAACAGCAGAAUAUUAACAGCAAAGAGGACGACGAUAGAAGUGAGGCGCUGUCUCUGUCCGUCACAGACUCUUUACUCUACCGGCUGCACGGGGACAUCAGAAUCUCAAUGACGCUGGAUAAUCCGGAUGUUAGUAGAUGUUUAUUGGCUCUGGAUGAAUUGAGUCGAGUUCCUGUGUCAUCUCGAAACAUGCAGAACCAUAGUGAGCUCAUCGACACACUCCGAAAGAUGCGCUGGUUCAGAGGCAGCGAGGCCAUCAUGUUUAAAGCCUCUAUGUUGUAUCAUCGCUUUAAAAACAUCUACCUCAUCGGAGACGCAGACGACACACUGAGUCAAGAGUACAUCCACUCACUGCAGGAGGAGAGAGAGACGGAGGAGAGACAGAGAGCAGUGCGACGGGAGGACAGACAGACAGAUGUUAUCAGUGCGACAGGCGUCAGCAGAGAGACCACAGAUACAGAUCAAGCAUCUCAAACCACUCAACAUGUCUAUUACAGUACAGCUGAUGAGAAGAGAAGCUGACGUGAAAACACCUGAGUGACAUCACUUCCUGUUUUAUCUGUGGUUUUAUCCACUGUUGUAGAGAGUUUGGUCUCAUUUGUCCUGCAGUUAUUUAUUUAUCCUGUGAUGAACAAACACACGAUCAGUCCAGUCAAGACAGAUUUUGUAUAAACCACACAUUUUUCUCACUGUCAGUAUUUAAAGAGCUGAUCUGGGGUCUUUUAAAGUCUAUAAUCUUCAAGCUGCUGGUUUUAGAUCCGAUUUUAUAUGUGUGCGUGCGUGUGCGUGUGUGUGUCACGAUCAUACUCAUCAUACUCAGUUUUUACUCGGUUAAUGAUGUUUUUUGAGCUCUUGCGUAUUAAACUCUUUCAUUUAUUCUGUCUGUCCACCAUCAGACCUCCACACUCAUGAUGACGGAUCAAUACUGAAACAAUCAAUCUGAGGCUCAUGUGUUUGUUUGAAGGUCUCAUCGCUGUGAAAGUGAUUUUCUGGAGUGAAUCCUGAUGGUGAAUUGACAGAAUAAAGACUAAAGAAUAAAUGUUUUUUAUACAUGUAUCACUAAUACACUUUCAUAGCCCUCAUCACAGAGCAUUAAUACACAUUGCAGUAUAUAUGUAACGCUUCAGCCGUGAUGCUGUGUUUUAUUUGACCUCUGGUGCCCGUUUUGUAAGCUUACUGUGACUGUAGAUUGUUACACUACAAUUAAAGGUCAGCUUAAACUAUUCAAGGACUGAUAACUGAAAAAUCAUUGAUAGCAGCAGUUCAGUUCACUUCAGAUCAGAGCUAUAGGAGAUCUAACAAACAAGUAUUAAAGACUGUAGGACUCUUUCACUUCAACACUUCAUUUAAAGCUUCGUUAUCAUGUGGUCUACCUGUUAAAGCAUUCAGGUGGGUUGAUAAAGGGAUAGUUCACCCAAAACUAAAAAUUCAACACAAAUGAAGAUAUUUAUAAGCACACAGUUGAUGGUACCCAUUGAAUUUCAUAAUAUUUCUUUGUCCUUCUUUGGAGGUCAAUAGUUAUAUCAGAUGUGUUCUUAAAAUAAGUUAUCCAAAUAUCUUCUUCUGUGUUCAUCAGAAAAAGAAAUUCAUACAGGUUUACAACAACAUGAUAAUGGGUAAACUAUCCCUUUAAAGGUUAAACUGUGCUAUAAAUGACUAUUUACACUUAAUCUGAAUUGAACCCGGUGCUAAUGUGACAGAUCCUUUCUGUAAACCACAUGUGUCAUAAAUGCAUUAAAAUAGAUAUAGCACUUGCAUGUGCUUUCUGUGUUGAUAUUACAGUUAAACCCGAUAAUCAUAUUUAAUGUAGCUCACAGUAAAGUGAUCUUUCAUACCCUCUGCUGCUUGUGUUCUGAUUAUUGUGUUUAGUCUUCAUAUGCCUUACAUUCUCAGAUGAUCUCAUAAACAUCUUUUAUCUCUCAAUCCUUGAUGAUUUUACUAAACUUAAAUAAUCAGAGAUGCUGACAGGUGGAUGACGUCACAGUGCCGCGGGAGGAUUCGGGAAUCUUAUGAAGGAGUUUGCUCUGGAUUCGUUCUCGCGGUGCUGUGACAGCUGCAUAAACUCAAACAACCUUUUGAUACUCAGAAAUUAUGACUUUUAGGCAGAUCUGGGGAGUGUAUUGUUAUUGUAGACAACAUAAAUGCAGUGUAUGUUUAUAAUAGGAUACUGUUUUAAACCUCAGUAACGCGUGUCAAAAUCUGUAGUAUCUUGAUGAUCCCUUUAUUUCACAUAUCUUAAUUAAACGUAUUAACUUUUUACUCACAUUUGUAAUUAAAAUGCAAAAUAAC